GGGUUGAGGUGUCAAGGUGCACGCUGGAGGUACGUACCGUUCGUUGGAGCUACCACGUGUGGCUGCUGGCGCAAAGGGAAGUACGCGAGGUGCCCGUUGCUGUGGAGACCGUGUCAACAAAGCAGCCCGGUUACCAGCGCCAACCCAUCGCAUCGUCUGGAUUGAGAUGGUUUCCUCAGUUACAGCACUUGGAACUCCUCCAUCUUUUCUUCUCAGCGCAGGCCUCACCUUGUCCCUCCCCUUGCGUCGUUGCCUGCUUCAUGCCCGUCACAGAGCGCACCGACGCCAAAAUUCGACACCGACGGCAUUCGAAGGAGUGAAGAUCCAGCCCUUGCCUCAAAAUGUCCAGCGUCAACGAGCCCUCGGCCACCGCCGAGGCCUCAGCCUAGACACAAGACGGCAAGACUUUGCUACGGUAAGUAUGACUACUAACACAGGACUAGCACAACCGCAGCAUGUACUGCGAGAAGCGCAGCAGCAACGCAUCCAAGCACGCCCGGGCCCCCGCCAGCAAGCACACCUUCGACAACACUCACAACAGCAAAUUCACCCACAUCACCAAAUGUUCAUGGCCGCCGGCGACCAUGAAACUUACCUUAUGUCCCCCCAUGGCACACCCCACACCCAUCGCUUCAACCCCUCAUGCUUUGAAUCAUCUCCCGUGCAGUACAACCAGUACGGCAACCAGAUGAACGACAUGAUGGCCAAGAACCAGCAGGAUUACGCCGGUACCAUGGGAGGCAACAAGGACUUUGAGCUCUUUGCCUCUGACAGUGCCCUCUCGACCCCUUCCUUCAUGAACUUUAGUGACACUCCCGGAACCCCCCAGGGCUGGAUCUCCGAGGACGAAACUGCCAGCACGAGGCGCUCCUCGAGGAGGAUCAGCAAUGGCAUCAUGGACCGGGUUAACAAGUUCGAGACGAUGGGCAUGGAGAUGCAGAGACCAAUGACGCCACCUGACCAGGAUGCAACAAACUACUUCCCCCCUACCCCGAUGGAGACGCCCCACGGCAGGGCUGUGAAGCACGAGCCCAUGUCUGCAAGGCCGGUUCGGUUCACCGAGGGCUACGACGAGUCGAUGGAGGAGACGCUGAAGCCCAUCAGACGGACGAACCAGCGCGCCCAAAACAUCUUUGAGGAGCUGCGGAGACAAUCUGAGGAGAACGUCAUGCCUGGAUCCCAGCAACCCGCUCAGAUGGCUGAUGGUCUGUACGACCACGUGGUCCCCACCCCGGAUUUCAUGAACAUGAACAACUUCAACAAUGAGUUCAUGAAGAUCCAGGGUGGCUACGAUGGCCUCUCAGACGAUGUCCGGAUCCCCGGCAACAUGUCCCAGCAAUCGACUCCUCACACACCUCUCAUGAACUUUCACAGCGCAUUCGAUACCAGGCCCGAUCUCCAUCAUCCCAACAUGACCGUCGGCUCUUCCUCUCCUAGCAGAUCCUUUGACGACUCCCGCCGCUCUUCGCCUCAUCGUCGCACCCAGUCCCUCGCCAGUAUUGCCAGCGCCGCCAGCAUUGCGAGCAUCAACAUCGAGGAAACCAAGACUGAGACUGGCGUCACCAUCGAUGAGAUCGCAAUGUACAUCACAGGACCCGAUCCCAACGACGGCAAGUGGACUUGCGUGUACGAGGACUGUGGCAAGAAAUUCGGACGCAAGGAAAACAUCAAGUCGCACGUUCAGACACAUCUCAACGACCGACAAUACCAGUGCCCUACUUGCAAGAAGUGCUUCGUUCGCCAGCACGACCUGAAGCGCCACGCAAAGAUUCACACUGGCAUCAAGCCCUACCCCUGCGAAUGCGGCAAUAGCUUUGCCCGCCACGACGCUCUUACCCGCCAUCGCCAGCGCGGCAUGUGCAUUGGAGCAUUCGAUGGCAUCGUCAAGAAAGUCGUCAAGCGCGGUCGCCCCCGCAAGCACCGUCCCGAGAUGGACGAGCGCGUCAACAAGUCGGCUCGCACAAGGACCAAGAACAAGUCCACCACUUCCUGUUCAUCGCAAUCUGGCUACUCUGACAGCUCCGCGGUCAACUCGCCGGAAAACGACUUCAACAUGAUGUCAGACGACCACUUCGAAAUGGGCGGCAUGAGCAUCGAGCGACCAGGAAUCGACGACAUGCCCCUUCAAAUCACCACGGUGUCAUCCGCCCCCAUGCCUUCGUCGCCCCCCCGGAUUCACAGGGAAUUGCGUGAAUUGCAUCUGGAACCAUCUCCGGCCGCGAGCCACAAUUCCGGAUACGUAUCGCCCGAGGCCCUCAUGGAGGCGCCGACCUCGUUGCCCCAGCAACCCGAGUCGCCAGCCAAGAGCGAGUAUAACACACCGCCGGAACUUUCCCAGUCUUCGUCUCCGCCACCCAAUCAGUUUUUUGACGCCGAGCCUAACACCACUGGCUUUAGCGACGAUUCACUGCUCGCUGGAAUGAGAGGCAAUGCCGGCCCCGUCGGUAAUACUAGCAUCUCAAGCCUGGGUCUGGGCGAUGCCGACGACGAACUCCUCAUGAAAGCUUUCACGACCGAGGAGGGAAUGGCCCAGUUCGAUCGCGACCCAAGCAUGCUCAUGAUGAGCAAGUUUGACGAGGAAUUUGACGACGCAGUCGACAUGUUCACGCACAACGACGACGUCUUCUUCGGUAGCUCAUAACACGGAUGGGGGUUUCAUUUUUCCUUUCGGCGUAAAGGUUGCGUUCGAAUGGGCAUUGAACGACGUCAUGGCUUCUUGAUUUCGGCAACUUGUACGUUAUGACGCUUUAUGCUUGUGCUUGCCUUUGGUCUUUUCGCAGCACUGCCCCGGACCUUAUAAUGACGAAGAUGACUCGAGACGCUCUCGUUCGCUGAGCGGAUGUACUACCACAAGGGAAAUGAAAACGUUUCGGUUCAUGGUUAAUUCGGUAUUGGCUUUCGGGUAUUGGCGAUCAGCGGCGGGUUGGCAUUCAUCAAUGGGUUGGGAAUGGGCACGAAUUUUGGCGCAGGGCAACCGAGUAUGCCUCUGCCGCGGCUGGCUUCUAGGUUACGCGAUAGAAGAGAUGCGAUAAAAUUGAAUUUGGAAUGGACUUCAACCU